GCGCCCGCCCCCGCCGUUGCCUGGCGCUGACGUGUCUUUCGGACCCUGACGCGGCGGCGAGGCGACAUCUUCCUGAUUCCAGAGGCCGGCAGACAAGCCCAGCUCCCCGAGGCCGUGUCCCACUUUCUUCCCCACUUCGCACGAACUCCGGUUCGCCACCACAAACCGACCACCAUGGGCAUAAAAUUCCUUGAAGUGAUCAAACCGUUCUGUGCUGUAUUACCAGAAAUCCAGAAACCAGAAAGAAAGAUUCAGUUCAGAGAAAAAGUAUUAUGGACAGCCAUCACGCUUUUCAUCUUCUUGGUCUGUUGCCAGAUUCCUUUAUUUGGCAUCAUGUCAUCGGACUCUGCAGAUCCUUUCUACUGGAUGAGAGUCAUCCUAGCUUCCAACAGAGGUACAUUGAUGGAGUUGGGUAUCUCGCCGAUUGUCACCUCUGGUCUCAUCAUGCAGCUUCUGGCAGGUGCAAAGAUCAUCGAAGUUGGUGACACCCCCAAAGAUCGCGCUCUCUUUAAUGGAGCACAAAAACUUUUUGGUAUGAUCAUUACCAUCGGACAAGCCAUUGUAUACGUCAUGACUGGGAUGUACGGAGAUCCAUCAGAAAUGGGCGCAGGCAUCUGCCUCCUGAUCAUUAUUCAACUAUUUGUUGCUGGUCUGAUUGUCCUGCUCUUGGAUGAACUGCUACAGAAAGGGUAUGGCCUUGGAUCUGGUAUUUCUCUCUUCAUCGCCACAAACAUCUGCGAGACCAUUGUAUGGAAGGCUUUCAGUCCUACUACAGUGAACACUGGUAGAGGGACUGAGUUUGAGGGAUCAAUCAUUGCCCUCUUCCAUCUCCUGGCCACGCGACAGGACAAAGUCCGUGCUCUUCGUGAAGCCUUUUACCGUCAGAACCUGCCGAACCUCAUGAACCUCAUAGCUACCAUCUUCGUCUUUGCUGUGGUGAUAUACUUUCAGGGCUUCAGAGUGGAUUUGCCAAUCAAGUCUGCCCGCUACCGUGGACAGUACAAUACCUACCCCAUCAAGCUUUUCUACACAUCAAAUAUUCCGAUCAUCCUCCAGUCUGCUCUGGUCUCCAAUCUCUACGUCAUCUCCCAGAUGUUAUCUACAAGAUUCAGUGGCAAUUUCAUAGUCAAUCUACUGGGCACCUGGUCUGACAACACAGGAGGAGGUCCAGCCCGUGCAUACCCGGUCGGUGGUCUGUGCUACUUCCUGUCCCCGCCGGAGUCGUUCGGCUCUGUGUUAGACGAUCCCGUGCAUGCAGUCAUUUAUAUCGUCUUCAUGUUGGGCUCCUGCGCUUUCUUCUCCAAGACCUGGAUCGAAGUGUCUGGUUCUUCUGCUAAGGAUGUUGCUAAACAGCUGAAAGAACAGCAGAUGGUGAUGAGGGGACACCGUGAGACCUCAAUGGUUCAUGAGCUUAACAGGUAUAUUCCCACUGCUGCUGCCUUUGGCGGUCUGUGCAUCGGCGCGCUCUCCGUUCUCGCUGACUUCCUGGGUGCCAUCGGUUCUGGGACUGGUAUAUUGCUGGCGGUCACCAUCAUUUACCAGUACUUUGAGAUCUUCGUGAAGGAACAGAGUGAAGUGGGAAGCAUGGGAGCCUUGCUGUUCUAAGGGCAUGGAUUAUCUCCACUUCCCCAAGGCAUUUGUCAUCCAAGCCAGAGAAAUUUCAGAAUUAUCACAGCAGAGAUCAUCUUAAACCUUUCUCACCCGUUAUUACUUUUUAUUUUUGUUUUCAUCUCGAAUUUCAAGGCCGUUGGGUGGCAAAGGGUUAAGAGGUUUUCAUCAUUUUUGGCACCGUGUGCUAAAAAUCAAAUUAUGGAAUGUGUUUAAUUACAGUUAAAAGCACAUGUGCCCACCAUAUGAUGCGUGUUCUUUGUGUGAGUACUGCUUUGUUGUGUGGCUUAUGUUAAUUUCCACCUUUAAUUGAAAGGGGCAACAAAAGAUGUCUGGGAUGAUUUCCCCCCCCCCCCCCCUUUUAUAUAUAUAUAUAUAUACCUCUCCUGAUAGUUAUUGAAUAAGACGUCCCAGGAUUGAUAGACACAAAGUGUUGGAGUAACUCAGCGGGUCAGGCAGCAUCUCUGGAGAGCAUGGAUAGGUGAUGUCCUGGGUUUGGGCUGUUCUUCAUGGUCCUGACCUGACCUGCUGGGUUCCUCUGACACUUUGUGUCUAUUUUGCAGUUCUUUACUUCAACAACCCUGGAGUGAUCUUUGGUUUACUCUUGGUUCUGGCUCUGGAUGUAUUAGCCUCAGGAGCUGAACUACUAUUUGACCUGGGUGGGAGCAGAGAAUGUAGUGAUGAACUUUGUGUUGAGCAUAGAUCUAGUUAUGUGCUGCUGUGCUGUGACCAAAUAAUCUACUGACCAUGUCUUAGUGUGGAGCGCAAAGUGCUGGAGUAACUCAGUGGGUCAGGCAGCGUCUCUGGAGAACAUGGACACGUGAUGUUUAUGACCUGGGCACUUAUUCGUGGUUCCAAUCUGAAACAUCACCUAUCCAUAUCCCCCAGAGAUGCUGCCUGACCUACUGAGUUACUCCAGCACUUUAUGUCAUAGAGUCGUACAGCACAGUAACAGGCUCUUUGUCCAUGCCGACCAAGAUGCCCAAUCUACCUUGCGUGUUGUACGCAAGAUUCCAGCAUCUGCAGUUCCUUGGGUCUUCAUAGCUUGGUGUGUGAGAAUAGUGGGUACGGCAGACGUGGUGUUGUGUUUCAACGGAGUGUAGUCUUUUCCUAGAGAAAAUACUGGAUUGAACAUGCAGCAGGUGUUCUCUGAGUGUGGAACGGCUUUGUGCUGGAGACCUGGGUAAUGGUGUGACAAAUAUGUAUUGGGUGCAAUGUUGGAAGACUGCUCUCCUUGGUUGAACAUUCCACUCUUACCUUGCAAUGAGCUAUGAUGAAUUGGAUACACCUGUGUACUCUGGAGCCUUUAAAGGCUGAUUUCCAGCAGAUUUAUUGAAAGUAUAGAUGUACAUUUGCCCCAAGCAUCUCCUCAUGGACAGUUGCACCUACAUUUUAAAGUUAAACCCUUAUAGAUCUGAAUUAUUGCAAUAUUUACUGCGUUGUUGGGAAAAUCUUGGGCUCCCUCCCCUCCUGCAGUGUUGUGAUGAGGGUUACAGCUGCUGUAUUUCCCCCGGGUGUCCAUUGGGUUUGGCUGGCACCAGUGCGGGGAAGCAGGUGGCAUGAGAAUAAGCUGGGUAUCCCCUUCACUAUCUCCGGUUGGAUUAUGUGGUAGUGUCUCGUGUGGAUGGACUGCUCACCUCCUCUGCCAGCUGACCCGGAGCGGGCACUGGAGUGCAGGAUGCUGACAGAACAAAUUCAGUAUUGAGUAAGCCCUCCAGGUUUGGCCUUCGGAUAUAAAUUCGCUGCUGCCUCUCCCUGUACCAAUCCAUUGGUUCUGUACACAAUGCCCAUGUCCAGAUGAAACUGAUGUUCCUCCGCUGUGUUGAUAUUUCAAAGCAUUUUCUCGCUGCGUGUAAAAUGUUUCGGGAGUUCUUUCUUUCUCUCAGUUCUCUGUUCCAGUUUGGAACAAAUGGAAUUUCUAUGCAUUCCCACGUGUUCACCAUGACUAAACCACAAAGCAGUGUUUGUUCCCUCCCGGACCUGUUCACUUCAAACUUUAUAAAUAAAAGCGUUUUGAGAACGUC